AUGGCGUCCACGCAGCUGGACUCCAAAAAGUGCAUAGGGUUGGACUGCAAUAACAAUGCUGGAUCCCUACGGUGUCCGUCAUGCAUGAAAAUUGGCAUCGACAGUCAUUUCUGCUCUCAGGACUGUUUCAAGAGGAAUUGGAGCGAACAUAAAGCUAUUCACAAAAAAAGUAACCUUCUAAGCAACCUUUUUCCACCGAAAAUAGUUUCUGAACCAGAUCCAGCUACCGGCCACUUCAAUCCGUUCCCAACCUAUCCUUUCACUGGCGCCUUGAGACCCGUAUACCCCCUUGCUCCUAAAAGCACAGUUCCUGAUUCGAUCCCUCCCCCCGAUUAUGCACGAGACGGUAUCCCCAGAUCAGAACAGAAAAUCGUCAGCCGACAUCAUAUUACGAUUCUCAAUCCGCAGGAACAGGAAGGAAUGAGGAAAGUAUGCCGUUUGGCGAGAGAAGUGCUCGAUAUUGCAGCCCGAGAGAUCAGGCCUGGUGUUACCACCGACCACAUCGACAAGUUAGUUCACCGGGCUUGCUUGGAGAGAAAAUCCUAUCCGUCACCAUUGAACUAUGUCCACUUCCCGAAAUCCGUUUGCACAUCGAUCAACGAAGUUAUCUGCCACGGAAUCCCCGACCAACGUCCCCUGGAAGAUGGCGAUAUUAUAAAUAUUGACGUCACACUCUACCAUGAGGGCUUUCAUGGAGACCUGAACGAGACAUAUUACGUUGGAGAAAAAGCCCGUACGGAUCCCGACACUGUUCGGGUCGUAGAGACGUCGAGAGAAUGUUUGGACAAGGCCAUCGCACUGGUGAAGCCGGGCAUGCUAUUCCGAGAUCCAGGUAAUGUCAUUGAGAAACAUGCGAAGCAAAAUAACUGCAGUGUGGUUCGGAGCUACUGUGGACACGGCAUCAACCAGCUCUUCCACACAACACCAAGCAUCCCUCACUAUGGAAAGAGCAAGACUGUUGGGCAAGCGAAGGCCGGAAUGUGCUUUACAAUCGAGCCUAUGAUUAACUUGGGCACAUACCGAGACAAGACCUGGCCGGACAAUUGGACCAGUGUCACCGCAGAUGGAAUGAAAUCAGCGCAAUUUGAGCAUACGUUGUUAGUUACCGAGGAUGGAGUUGAAGUGCUGACGGCUAGAUUGCCGGACUCUCCUGGUGGCGCGAUUCCUAGGAUCGCUGUUGACGGAGAGGCGACAUCACUAUGA